UUACUUCGCCUUUUUCUUUAGUGAUGCAGAACUACAAGAAUGUACCGCAGUACUUUUACGGGCUUAAUCCAGCUCAAAUGGAUAUGUUCAUGACGGAGGAUAGCCCUGUCCGUCAGCAAGCAGAAAAAGUUACAGAGGAAAGCAUCUCGUCUAGAAGAAAUUAUUUGGACAAUGGAGGGAUAUGGAGUAUGUCCGGUAUGAAUGCAGCAGAUCCUAGAAGAUAUAGUAUGAGUGUCCAGAUGUACAGAGGUGGAGGUGGCGGAGGAGGAUCUGCAAGACCAAGAACUGCUCCUCCAGAUUUGCCUUCUUUGCUAUUGGAUGCUAGGAUAUGCUACCUUGGGAUGCCAAUCGUACCUGCUGUUACUGAGUUACUCGUUGCUCAAUUUAUGUGGCUAGACUAUGAUAACCCAGCAAAGCCCAUCUACCUAUACAUAAAUUCACCUGGGACACAGAAUGAGAAGAUGGAAACUGUUGGAUCAGAAACAGAGGCUUAUGCAAUAGCUGAUACUAUCUCUUAUUGCAAAUCAGAUGUAUACACUAUCAAUUGUGGCAUGGCUUUUGGUCAAGCAGCAAUGCUUCUUUCUCUCGGGAAAAAAGGUUACCGUGCUGUACAACCACAUUCAUCAACAAAAUUAUAUCUGCCAAAAGUAAACAGAUCGAGUGGAGCUGCCAUAGAUAUGUGGAUAAAGGCCAAGGAACUUGAUGCAAAUACUGAUUACUACAUCGAGCUAUUAGCUAAGGGAACAGGGAAAUCCAAAGAGCAGAUCAAUGAGGACAUUAAGCGACCAAAAUAUCUCCAAGCACAAGCAGCCAUUGACUAUGGAAUUGCAGACAAGAUAGCUGACUCGCAGGAUAGUUCCUUUGAGAAACGGGAUUACGACGGGACUCUUGCGCAGAGAGCCAUGAGACCUGGAGGAGGCAGCCCAACCGCUCCAGCCGGACUAAGAUGAUCAAUUCCCACCAGAAAAGAAGAGGUUGAUUCUCGAUUUUCCUUGUCACUCUGGGAUAUGUAGCUCUUACAAUCUAUAAGCAAAACACAUGUAGUAGUAACAUACAAAAGUGUUGGCAAAAAGGAAAAAAAAUAACAUUAGUUCUCUUAAGUGGAAA